CGGCAACGAAGCAAAAUGGCAACAUGAAGAGUCGAUGUGAAGCUGCAUAGAAUAGAAUGGAUAAAAUCAGAAGCUGAGUGGCAAAUGGUUGGAUCUUAGUAAACUCGUAUAGGAGGAGACCGAACUUUCGGACCUUUUUGUAUUAUUUUGAAUAGAUCAAAAAAAUAAUCACAACGUUCGCUAGUGGAGUACAACCAUCCGUACCUUUGCUUUCUGCUGAAUAAUUCUCAACUACAAGCUUUUUACCUCAUUCUUGUACUUCUCUUUCGCCAAUACCUCCCUUCCAUCUCACCCUGAUAGAAGAUUGGAAUGUCUUUGGAUAACAGCCAAUCAUCCCAUUUUACUGAUAAGACGGUAGUACCCUCUGUCGACACCGAUCACUCCAUAGAUGAGGAAUUAGAUCAUUAUAUAGAAGCCUCGCCUCUACCAGGUGCCUCUUUUGCCGCACUAGAAUUGGUUGAAUCCAGAGCCUCACGAAGGAGCAGGGGAAAAAUUGACACAGAUUAUAUUGAACGACUACCCACUAUCAACAAUUCAACUGAACAGAAAUUGGAGAAGUUAGAGACGAACCGGACCGCCGAGAGCGUGGAGCUUGAUGAAGGAUGGCGCAAUCGAGGCUGGCUGGUUGUUGUUGCAACCUUCCUUGUCAAUUUUUGUGUAUUUGGUGUUACUUUCAGCUGGGGUAUCAUGCAAGACUUAUAUCUUCAGGACAUCUAUGCCGGGCAAACCGACUCAUUUCGAAUUUCGUUUGUUGGUACGAUUGGUUCGGCAUGUGUUGUAUCUACAGGAAUUUUCAUUGCCCCUGUUGUACAGCGCAUUGGUUUCCGACCUGCCAUGGCCAUAGGAACCAUAUUGGCCCCGCUAGGAUUGGUAUUGGCAAGCUUUGCAACACAAUUGUGGCACGUCUAUCUUACGCAAGGUCUUUUGUUCGGAAUUGGAGGUGCUUUCGUCUUCGCUCCGUCAAUUAGUUUGCCACCGCAAUGGUUCGUCAAAUACAGAUCUCUGGCCACAGGCAUUUCGGUAUGCGGCUCAGGAAUUGGUGGUUUGGCUAUGUCACCGCUCACAUCUUUUCUCAUUGAAACGACGGGAUUCCGCAUGACUUUGAGAUACCUUGGAAUCAUGGUUUUCGGUCUUUUAGCUAUUGCCUGUAUACUUGCCAAGCCAAGAUGGAACCCUAAGAGUGAUAGCAAGUUUGUUCUUAUCGACACUUCAUUGCUUACUACCGAUGUGUUGAUUUUCAUGCUCUUUGGCAUCGUAGUCCCUUUUGGUUAUCUCACACCUUUCUUCCUAAUUCCCCAAUAUGGAUCAUCCAUCGGAGUCCCUGGCAGCCAAACCUCCGUCAUUAUUGGUGUAAUGUCUGCUUGUAAUGCCAUCAGCCGUGUUGUAUUAGGAUUUCUAGCAGACAGAUAUGGUCGCAUCAAUGCCCUGUUUGGCUGUACUUUCCUUGCAGGCGUGUUCACGAUGGUAGUCUGGAUAAAUGCCAAGAGCUUUGGAUCUCUAUUCGCCUUUGGAAUAUUAUACGGUCUCACUGGAGGUGGUUUCGUAUCUCUUUUACCUACGUUAACGGCCGACUUGGUUGGUAUCAGAAAUCUAUCUCGCGGCCUUGGAAUGUGCUACCUGACUUCUAUCUUUGGCACACUUUUUGGCACCCCAUUGAGUGGAAUCCUCAGCGAUCGCGCAGGCUAUACUGCUUGCAUUGAAUUCGCAGGAGCAAUGACCAUCCUCUCUUCACUUAUCAUUCUCGUUCUUCGCCAAAGAAGAUCCAAGGGUGUUAUAUUUUGCAAAAUAUAGAAACCAAUUCCCAUUGCAUUUAACCAUUCAGUCGAGCAGCAUUCACUUCAUUGCUUUGAUUCGGAUCAAUUGCUGAAGUUUAUCAAGACGUAUCGCAUUACAUUAACAUUCUACAUCACUCUUCUUUCUUAAUAUUAUAAGCCGGUGGUCUCGCCACUUCCCCCAAAAAAUAAAAUAAAUGGCCGAAGCCAAGCCUAAAUUGCUGCCAGGCUGAGCGAUAAUUCCGCCCUUUGUGACGUUUUGCUCUGCUAGCCAGCCCCACAUUUA